GCCCGCGUAUCAGCAACAAGACUUGAUAACUUACUCGAAAACUUCAACUGGGUCACAAUACUAACAAACUGAACAAAAGUGUUACAAUAAAACCAAAAACAACAACGUUAAGCUUGUAAGCAUCUCGAAUAAACGUCCCGUUACUCAGUCUCAGUGCAGAUUAGUGGCCGGGCAAUAACAGCGUCAUCAAAAUUGAUCGAUACUGCGCAUUAAGCAUAUUUUCCGCAUAUUCACGUAGAAAGAGCAGCAACGACAACAAAGAAGUUGCGUCGAUCAAUAGACAAACAAACUAUCCCCACAUUAAUGUAAUGCAGAAGAAGAAAACAACCGCUGCGGCAGUGUAAGCUGCAAUCAACCAAACAACUAGAGACGCUUGUUUGUGGGCUUACAGUUAAGGCGAAAGGCAAUUAAAUUGGCUCAAGCGUUGCAGUUGGAGAGGUCAUGACAAGGCAUUGACUGAGCCAAAGCCAACUAUCAAUUACAGUGAACACCUCCUGAGUAAGACGGGAGAUAUAACCAAACAGAGCAAGUGCAAGGGCAAAUUCCAAUACUUCUCAAGAUGAAUGUCAGCAGCAACUUCUUUGACGAGCACUUUGGGCUGAUUUACACAAAUCUGGUGAAUGAAUAUGUGCCAGAAUAUUUCAAAAGUAUGGAGUACACACCGUGGGUAUUCUCACUGCUUGGCUCCGCAGUGAUUGGGCUCAGCGGCAUCUUACCGCUGCUCAUAAUACCAACAGAGGAGAAAAUGGCCAAGGAGGGCUUCAAAGAUCCCGCUGAGUCCAAGUUCCUGCGUGUACUGCUCAGUUUUGCGGUGGGCGGACUUUUGGGUGAUGUUUUUUUACAUUUACUGCCAGAGGCCUGGGAGGGCGAUAAUCAAAACGCCAACAGUCAUCCAUCAUUGCGCUCUGGGCUGUGGGUGCUUUCUGGAAUACUCAUCUUUACCAUUGUAGAGAAAAUCUUCUCGGGCUAUACCAGCGCCGACGAGGAAAAUCCACAGCCCAAGUGCGUGGAGAUUGCCAACUGUCUGCUGCGUCGUCAUGGGGGCAAACUACCCGAAGGCCAGACAGCGGAAAACUGUGGCAGUGCCUGCGAUAUUGAGGAUGUGGACAAGAUGUGCUUUUUGCGUGAACGCGAACAAAAGUCCAAGGAGCACAAGGAGCAGCCAAAGAAAGUAGCCGGCUAUUUGAAUCUGCUGGCCAAUUCCAUAGAUAAUUUCACACACGGUCUGGCAGUAGCCGGUUCGUUUCUGGUCUCCUUUCGGCACGGCGUCCUGGCUACGUUCGCAAUACUGCUGCAUGAAAUUCCACAUGAAGUGGGCGAUUUUGCUAUACUGCUGCGGUCCGGUUUCAGUCGUUGGGAUGCGGCUCGCGCUCAGCUGCUAACCGCGGGCGCCGGCCUCCUGGGUGCUCUGGUGGCCAUUGGCGGUUCGGGCGUCACAUCAGCCAUGGAGGCACGCACAUCCUGGAUCAUGCCGUUUACCGCUGGCGGUUUCCUGCACAUUUCAUUGGUCACAGUACUACCAGAUCUCUUGAAGGAGGACGAGCGCAAGGAGUCUGUCAAACAGCUGCUGGCGCUAGUCUUUGGCAUUGCUUUAAUGGCCCUCAUGACGAUGCUCUUCGAGCACUGAGCCAUGUCCAACGCCUCCAAGCAGCAGUAACAGCAGCAACAAAUUAGACGCUGCUUUCAAAAUUAUUUUGUUAUAUUUUCGGCCACCACAAAUCCCAAAUUGUCAUUGGCAGUACAAAUUUCUAGGAAUUUUUGUUGUAAUUGUAUUGUACAUUAAUUGCGCAUUACGACAAUACGACCCGCCCUGUUUGUGUUAUGUAAUUAUAGCCAACUAAUACGAAUGAUA